CUGUGUCAUCACGUUAAGGUCCUCCUCCACUCGCACCUGUCUCUUUGGGACUAUAAAGGCUGCUUGGCUUCACAGCACUUUCUCAGGCUACACAAAGAAAGGAAGAAUUGGGACGCAGACAUCUAUAUUUACAUCUCAGCACAAGGUAAAGAAGUACCCCUGACAGGCAUCAUGUCGAUGGGAUUGGAGAUCGGGGGCAUUGCCCUGGGCAUUAUUGGUUGGAUCAUUUGCAUUGUGGCUUGCGCUCUUCCAAUGUGGCGUGUUUCGGCUUUCGUUGGUGCAAACAUCGUCACGGCACAAGUGAUCUGGGAAGGUUUGUGGAUGAAUUGUGUCGUACAGAGCACUGGACAGAUGCAGUGCAAGAUCUACGACUCCAUGCUGGCUCUGGCUCAGGAUCUUCAGGCUUCCAGAGCCAUGUCGGUCGUCGCCAUCAUCUUGGGCGUCCUGGGUGUGUUGAUCUCCGUCAUGGGCGCCAAGUGCACCAACUGUAUCGAGGAUGAAUCAUCCAAGGCUAAAGUGAUGAUCGUCUCUGGUGUGAUGUUCAUUAUUGCUGGUGUCCUGGAGCUCAUUACGGCGGCUUGGGUGGCAAACCAAACCAUUCGGGAUUUCUACAACCCAAUACUGAACCCAACUCAGCAAAGAGAGCUUGGGGCAUCCAUUUACAUAGGGUUUGCUGCCGCUGCUCUGUUACUGAUUGGAGGAGCGAUGCUGUGCUGCACCUGUCCUCCACGAGAGAAGAAGUACAAGCCACCAAGAAUGGGCUACACAGCUCCACGCUCUGUCAGUGGUGGAUAUGACAAGAAGGACUAUGUUUAAAAGUGUUUUAUUGUAGAAAAAUAUAAACAAAGAAUAAUUAGAAGGAUUUGAAGAUCUCACAGAAAGAAUGGAGAUACUUCUGAAAGGACUCCGCAAUGAAGGGUCACACGAUGCUGUCAAUAUUUCCUUUUCGGCUGUUUAAGACUGGUGUGUAUGUGUUUGUAUGUGUGUGUGUGUGAGUGCGUUAAGGGCUGGUUUCAUAGGCUUACCUGUCAGGGAUUUUGUGUUUAUACAUUUCAUAUACAUGUAUGAUAUUUUAUGUGCUGAUUUUUAAAUUUUCCUGUUUUUUGAUUAGCAGUUCUUGCUUUUUGUUUCAUGUCAUCAAAGGCAUAACAUGGUGUCAAAAUGUGUAUUUAAAAUUGUUCUAAGCAGACAUAAAUAGGCAAAGACAUAUGAUAUGAGACAGAGACAGAGAUAUUAUUUUAGGAAAACAGUCACUGUGUCUGAUGGCUUAUCUGACGCUCAUGUAUGUUGACAGGAAGAGGAAGACUUUAGCUCUUUACAUGUAUUUGCUUAUGAAAAUUUCACCGGACACAGAAACUGAACAUGUAUUUUGUUUUUCCUUUUAGGUUUCAGUUUUUGAGGUUGUACAUCAUUUCGUUUUUGUACUACUGUUUUACUAUUCAUAGAUAUUUUUUACAGAUUUAAAAGAAAUUCUUUAGUGUAUUUUCCAGAUAAUCAAUUGAAAUAUUUGUCAGUCCUGUUGCUUUUAUAUUUUCAAAAUUGAAUGCACGGAAAAGUUGAACAGUUCAAUAGCUUAUAUAUUAAACAAAUGGUCAGUUGCAGCUCACAAAAGACUGUUGGAGUGGUUUUACCUGUUUGGCUCUUUGUUGUACAAUUAGGGCAGUAAUGUGACACAUUCUGAGAAAGACCACAAGGUUUACAAACCUUAGGCAAGCUGUACUGUUUGCUAUAGGUGGUGAAAGACAGAUCCGACCAAAACCAGUCUGAUUAACUAACAAGAGAGUAAGGGAUGGUGUUUGGAAAGAAAAUGUAUAAGGCACAAAAUGUUUAGCUUACCUAAUGUAUAUACUGAAUGUCUGUGUUUUAUCCCAUUGUAAUUUCAAAAUAAAUGCAAUAAAAACUGCA